AUGCCCAAGAAAAGCAAAGUAAACAAGCUAGCGCGUAUGUCUGAUGAAGAACGGGCUAGGUAUCUGCAACACCGCGCCGACAUAGAAGAAGAAGCUAGACGGAGAAAACGCGAACUUAUCGCGAGAUUUAUAAAGGGUAUGAUGACAAGCUUCAAUUUUCUGGUGGAGAGGAAAAAUCGUCUGCUAGAUUCUCUCAUGCGAGCCAUAGAAGAUUCUGAUGACCAGCAUCGAAGAGCGUUCCAAGCUCAUACGGAAACUCUGAGCUACUUUCUAAACAUCGGCUCUCAAAGACUCGAUAAAUUACAAAUGGGGUAUGAAUUCCAAAAGAACAACUUCCUCGAAUAUUGGGACAAAGAAGAAUUAGACAUUACGGAUGGUCAAGACCGAUCUGACUUCAAAUUGACGCUUAUAAAAUACAUACAAGAACGAGAUUUUCAAACAUUUAAAAAAAAGAGGGAUAUACAGAAAGCUACUGAGAAAAAUGACGCUCGACUUGAGGUAAGUAAGACGACUGGAGGUAAA